AUGCAACACAUCCGGGCCUUGCGACCUUCAAGUCGCACAAUCACAACCCUAGCCCGGCCUCAAUCCGGCUCUCUGCGAACCGCCCUGCCAAUCAACACAAUCGUCACAAGGGAAUGCCCCUCACGACGCCAAUUAACACCACCAUGUACAUCGCAACCCCAAAAAAGAGCCUUCAAUCUCUCCUCACUCGCCUCCUUUCUACCCAACGGCAACAAUAACGGCAACGACUCGCCAAAGCGCGUCCUGAACGCCUCCCGCAUACUCCCCUACUCGCCGGCCCUCCUCUUCAAAGUGGUUUCCUCCGUCGAGGCGUACUCCGAGUUCCUGCCCUUCCUGGCCGCAUCUACUGUCACGGCACGCGACCCGCAAACGGGCUACCCGACGCAGGCGUUCCUGACUAUUGGCUACGGGCCGUUCAACGAGACGUUUACUUCGCUUGUGGAUUGUGAUCCUGCGAAGGGAAUUGUGGAGGCGCGGAGUGGAGCUAAAUUUGGGAAGCCUGAGGGUAGUGCCAGCAGCAGCAGCAGUGGCUCCUCUGGACUGAGUGGCUUCUUCCCUGGCGCUACUGAGGGAAUCUUUGAGUACCUCUCUACGCGGUGGGAAUUGGCGCCGGUUGAUGUGAAGGGUGGGUCACCGCAUACCAAGGUCAAUUUGGAGGUGCAGUUUGAGUUCAAGAACCAGAUGCAUUCUGCACUUAUGGGUGCGGUGGAGGGGCAGAUGGCUGGAGUUAUGAUUGAGGCGUUUGAGAAGCGCAUGAAGACGAUGCAUGUCGAGGGCCAGUAA